CUGUGUUUCUUGCUUACUUCCAGGCGGUAUCCCGACGGGUUGCGGGUCCGUUUUUUAAACCUACUAUUGUAAAUUUCUCAGUAACGUUUGACUACUGGCGAUUCGUUUCGGGAUGCACCGGCACGGAGCGGCAACGAAGGAGCAGCCAAAGAGGACGGCGAAGAAGGAUGUUAGUGACAGCGAUAAGUACGCCGACCUCUUGGUGUUCGGCUAUGCCUGCAAGGUGUUCCGCGACGACGAAAGGGCUCUUUUCCACGAGCAGGGCAAACACCUAAUACCAUGGAUGGGGGAAAAGAACAUCAUGAUCGAUAGAUAUGAUGGCCGCGGUCACUUACAUGACCUCUCGGAGUAUGACAGCGGUUCAUGGAAUACAUCCUAUCAGCUGUCAGAGGAGGAGGCCAGGAUUGAGGCACUGUGUGAUGAGGAGAGGUAUCUAGCCAUGCACACUGACCUGCUGGAAGAGGAGGCCAGACAAGAAGAGGAGUACAAGCGUCUGAGUGAGGCCUUGGCUGAUGAAGGCUCCUACAACGCCGUGGCCUUCAAAUACAGCGCUGACUACUAUGACCCUUCCCAGCCAACAGAAGAAGAAGACGCCAACAGGGAGGCUGAAGAAGAAGCAGAGCAGGAGGAGACUGAGGAGCCGUUUAUAGCACCUCCAGGGCUGACCAUCCCCCCUGAUGUGGAGCUGCCGGCGACUACAAAGACCCACGCCAUCAUCGAGAGGACGGCCAGCUUUGUGUCUCAACAAGGAGCUCAGUUUGAGAUUGUGCUGAAAGCCAAGCAGUCCGGCAACUCCCAGUUCGACUUUCUGCGUUUUGACCAUUACCUAAACCCGUACUACAAACACAUCCUGCGAGCCAUGAAGGAAGGGCGAUACAACACGCCCUCUGAUGGCAAGCAGGAGCAGUCACAAGAAUCUCAGUCUGAUGACUCAGACGAGGAUGGGGAUGGAAGCUACCUUCAUCCGAGCCUGUUUGCCCCUAAAAAGUGCUCUCGCCUGGAAGAGCUGAUGAAGCCUCUACAAGUUAUGGACCCCGACCAUCCACUGGCAGAGCUCGUACGAAAAGCCAAACAGGAAAGAAAUGGUUCUGCCUUGGUGACCAAACCAGGAGAAACUGUAGAGCCAACAGCUUCCAGUGUGCCGACACAGUACCCUGCUGACUCGAGCGCAGCGGCAGUGUACUACGGUUACUACAUGCUACCUGAUGGGACUUACUGCAUGGCCCCGCCUCCUCCAGGGGUAGAGGCCAGCUCCUACUACAACAGCCACACAACCACUGGUGUGAUGGCACCACCUUCUCCCGCAGCCCUGCCUCCUGGAACCUCCCCCACACCCCCUCCUGACUCUUUUGCCAUGGCAACGCAAGCUACAGACCCCUCUCAGGUCGCCAUCUCUGCUCCUCCUGCCAUUACGCCGGAAAGCAGUUCAAGGCCACAAGCACCAGCAUCCAUGCCAACAGCGGCGGCGAUCAUUCCACCGCCACCUGACAUUCAGCCAGUCAUAGACAAGCUCGCUGAGUAUGUGGCAAGGAAUGGUGUCAAGUUUGAGGCUAGUGUCCUUGCCAAGAAUGACCCACGGUUCGACUUUUUGCACUCUUGGCACCAGUACAACACCUAUUAUGAGUUUAAGAAGAAUUACUUCAUGCAGAAAGAAGGAAUUACGCCAAUUGAGAGUGAGACAGCAGAUUAUACCGCUGGUGAGGACCAGGCGGCGAAGGAGGCCAAACAGACUAAAGCCCCCUUCGCUCCUAUCUGUUUUGCGAUCAAGGCAAAAGAAAAUGACAUGUUACCUCUGGAGAGAAACAGAGUUCGACUGGAUGAUGAUUCAGAUGAAGACAAGCUGCUGGAGGAGGCGGGACUUGAAGCUGUUGUGGGCGGAACUGAGAUGAUUGACAAGGAGCCUCCUCAACUGCCUGGAGCCGAGGAGAAGAGGCCGACCCUCAGCCUCGAGGAACUGGAAGCUAAACAAGGUAUUAUUUCCAACAUGUCUGGGUACAGCCGCCAUUUCAGAUGCACCAUGACUACCACCGAGGCGUUGGCAGUAUUUACAGCCAAGCAGAGGCUGGAGGAUCGACUAGCAGCAGCAGCUAGGGAGAAGCUGGCCCAGGCAUCCAAGGAAUCUAAGGAGAAACAGCUGCAGGCCGAGAGGAAGAGGAAAGCAGCUCUCUUCCUCCAGACCCUGCGUUGCCCACUCGCCGGAGAGCCUGAAGCCAAGAAAGCUGAUUUGCCACCCCCACCACAGCCUGAGGUGCAGGAGGCGCUUACUGUUCUCUGUGGACCUCCACCUCCCAAGAUGUCCUCCACUCCUGCUGCUUAUCCUCCAGAUCAAAAACCUCCCACAGAGAGCCAAGUUCAUAGAAGCAGGGAGGCCCCGUCCUCAUCUUCUUCCUCUUACGCCCCCUCCAGAGGAACAGGCAGAGACAGACACAAAGGGAGGGAGAAGGAGAAAAAGAAGAAGAAACAUAAGAGAACUUCAAGGUCACGGUCAAGGUCAAAGAGCCAACACGCUUCUCUUCCUAGUGCCUACAGGAGAGCCCGCAGGUCAAGGUCACGUUCCCGUUCCCAAGGAAGGAGGGACAGAAGGGGCCCUUCAUCAGACAGGAGGUUUGACGAGAGGGAGAGGGGCAAGGAGCGUUAUCGCCGAGGCAACAGCUCAGGCCGACCAAGGGGGCAUUCCAGAUCCAGGUCGCCUCGUGAUAAGAAGAAGACUUCGUCGUCAUCCUCAGGAAAGCGGCGGAAAACAGGCUCUUCCCUCUCAACUGCCUCCUCACCCACCAGAGCUUUCUCGCCUUCAGCUAGCCCAGCCUCCAGCCUAGACCGCUCCAGGAGUGCUUCUCAGGACAAAGAUAAGGCAGUGUCUUCCUCCAUAGCCUCCUCUGUUCAGUCCAAAAUUACUCAGGAUCUGAUGGUCAAAGUGCGAGCAAUGCUUGCUGCCUCCAAAACCUUCAAUCCCCCGACUUCAUGAAGACAUUUUGGCUUUGUACCAGUCACAAACCAAGGCUGAAUUCAAACUGGAGGCGAGGAAACCACCGUUCACCCCUCUCACUUGCUAUAUUAAACGUUGCCUUCUGGCCAGUCAGCAUUCAGUUUGACGUGGAUUUUUUUUUUGGGUUUUUUUUGUUUUUGUUUUUUUUUUGGUUUCUUUGUGCAUGCUAAAUAAUCCAGGUAAGAAAAUCAAAGAACGUUGACACCUCCGGUCAAAUUAGACUGGAGAGGUCACUUACAUGAGCAAUGAAACCUAUCUGUCAAUAAACGUUGUGUCCAGAUGAACUGAUUCCAUUUUCUUUGACUUUCUUACCUGGAUUAUUGAGCAUGCAUGAAGACAUUUUGACUCAUUUCGGGGAGGAUUGCCUUAAAGUUGUACGUGAGUACUAGCAAACGGCACCUAAGAUGACAGACUACAGGAACCACCUGAGAUUCAGCCCUCAGAUGCAGACAGAGCGGGGUUACACCUAAGAGCCUGCAAAUGAAAUCUUCGGUCAAGGGCCACUGAGCUAACCAGAUCCCCCAGAAGGCACAGAGGCAGCUGUUGAACGAACGAGUGAGACAAAGUAAUUUUACCGUUGAUGCUUUGAAAGCCAAAGAAGAGGAGAUCCAACAGAGACUCACAGAUCCAACAGAGACUCACAUCACGUCUAGAUGAGACCACUUUCCAAUGUGAUUGAAUUCAUAGAUAAGGCUCAUCUAGCUCAACACAAAAAGUCAAAAACCAGGCAGUAAAAGAAAUUUGACCUACUUGCCGCAUGCCAGAGACAUCGGCAGACAACAGACGGCACCCUCAGCGGCAGACGGACAUUUUGCUGUCAUGCCGAGGGAAGUCCAGCUAGUGGAACUGAUCACAGCCACGGAAUCAGCGAUCCAUACUAUCUUCACUAUCUUCAGACGAAAGUUUCACCUCCUUCAGCAAUGCAAAGACGCCGCCGUCCAACAUCAGUAGAGACGAGAGGAGAGGAAUGCUCUCACGACUCUCAGUAAGGACAAUAACAUCAUCAUCCUUCCAGCUGACAAAGACAGAUGUGCUGUUGUAUUAAAUCAGACAGACUAUCAUGAGAAAAUUAUGAUGCUACUUAGCAACAUGAAUACUUAUGAGCCCCUGAAACGAGAUCCAGGCAGUGGUUACAAGAAAAAGGUGUCAGAUUGUCUGAAGCUGUUAGAACAGGACAAUGGUACUGACAGAAUUUUGUACCACAGAUUAUGCCCAGGGGAAGCUACACCUAGUCUGUAUGGGUUACCUAAGAUACAUAUACAGGAUGUGCCACUACGAUCUAUUGCUUGUAUGAUUAACCCAGUGACCUACAACAUGUCUAAGUUUCUGGCAUCUGUUCUCAACCCGUUGGUAGGCAGUAAUGAUCAUAUUCACAACACUGUGGAUUUUGUGGAUAUGGUGAGGGGCGUCUUUAUGGAGGGAGAUGAAACAAUGGUCUCUUAUGAUAUUAAGUCUCGCUUCAGGUGUGUUGCUGUUGAUGAAGCAGUGGAGGUACUCCGCAUGAAAUUACAAAACGACCCCACCCUUAGCAAUAGGACCACCCUUAACACUGACCAAGUGUGUCUGUUCCUAAAGCUGUGUCUUCAGUCCACGUACUUCACAUACAGGGGGCAGUACUAUAGGCAGAGGCAUGGGUGUGCUAUGGGUUCCCCAGUCCCACCUGUAAUGGCCAACUUGUAUAUGGUAGAAGUGGAAAAGAGGCUCUGGUGUCCUAUCAAGGGACACCACCUAUCCAUUGGUUCAGAUGUGUGGACGACACCUGGGUUAAAAUUAAAUCUCAGAAUGUACCACAUUUCACCAACCACAUUAACUCUGUGGACACCCACAUCAAGUUCACCAGGGAGGAUGUGAAAAAUGACAGGUUAGCCUUCUUAGACUGUGAAAUUGCAAUUGGUGAUGGGGGACAUUUGAUUGUAGAUGUUUACCGCACACCAACACAUACUGAUCAAUACUUAAGGUUUGACUCUCAUCAUCCACUGGAGCACAAACUAGGAGUCAUCAGGACGCUGUACCACCGAGCUGACAACGUCCCCACCGACACAGCGGCCGGGGAAGAAGGGGAGGCAUCCCACAUUAAACAGGCCCCGGUUAAGUGUAGUUAUCCUAACUGGACAUUUGUCAAAGCCAGGAAGACGCCCAAGCAGUGUACCAGCCGAUCAUAGAGAGGAGAAAGACAACAGCUGCCCAAGUGUAAACCAGUGGUGAUUCUGUAUGUGGUGGGAGUGUCAGAACAGUUGAGACAGGUAUUUUCCAAACACCGCGUCUCAGUCGCUUUCAAACCCAAAAACCCUGCCCCAGAAAUUGGUCCACCCCAAUUGGUCGGUCGGGGCACCUGUUCAGGGGGGAGGGGGAACUGGGGGGGGGAAUAACGUGAUCCUCCCACACGCUACGUCCCCCUGGUGAAACGCCUCGCCGUCAGGUGGAAAGAAGCGGCUGGCGACUCCACGUGUAUCGGAGGAGACGUGGUAGUCUGCAGCCCUCCCCGGAUCAGCAGAAGGGGUGGAGCAGCAACCGGGGCAGCUCGGAAGAGCGGGGUAAUUGGGCCGGAUACAAUUGGGGAGAAAAAUAAAUACACAUUGUGUCCAAAUGAACUGAUUCAACUUGCUGUGUUUUCCGGUACCUGGACAAUUAUUCAGGUACGGGACCUGAACCGAGGCUGGGGGGAGGGGGGGGGGGCUGAGAAUACAUCUGUCGCCAUCUUACAAUGCAACCACUCCCCAAUCCUCUGUGAACAGUACACAUCGCCAUUUAAACUCAAGUUAAUGGUCACGGCAAUUUGCAUAUGAAACCGUUCCUUGCCAGAGGGCCGGCUCUCUCCUUCUGUGAAGGGUUGUGUUGUUCUGCUCGUUGUUUCUUUCUCUUCCCACAUCCCUAUCUUCCACCCAUCUCCGCUCCUUUCCUCCUCUCUCCCCUCUCCCCGUCUGCCUCUCUCUCUGUCGCGGCACCAGAUUUAAAUUGUUUUAUUCAGCCUUCGGUGGCCUUCUCUGGCUGUUCUAUGUUUGUACAGAACUUUCAUUUUAUCAAUAAAGUCUGA